UCUUUUGAGUGUCAUGGUGCCUUGUCAACAUGGGUGAGAACAGUGCAGAUGACUGGGAAGAUCAGGAGGAUUGGUCGGACACAACAUGGGCUGAGCCCCAAACCCACAAUAAGUCAAGUGUUCAAGCCCCCCUGCAGAGGACUCCUAUGGCUGAGGCUUUAUCUGCAUUGAAAAGCUUGUCUAAAACCAAGGAGCAGUUUUCAAAGGAUGUUAAAGUGCAUCAAGCAGAUCCAGGUGAAGCAAACGGUGCCAUGGUUCAGCGAAUGCUUCUGAAUGACAAUAAGGCUGGCAUGCAGGGUUUGGACAAGGAACGCAUCAACCAGAUUAUAUAUAAGGCAUCAAAAGGUUCAAAGUUUUAUGAGAACGAGAGACAGAAAGAAGAUCAAAUGAAACGAAGGAUUGCAGAUCAAAAAGAGAAGAUAGACCAGAUCUCAGCAGAGAAGCUGAAAGAAGGAGAAAUGGAGGCUGACUGUCUGCUUGAAGACUUUGAGCAGCAGAGAGAUCUAAGUCAUACCAUCGUGCAUGUGGACAUGGAUGCUUUCUACGCCGCUGUUGAAAUGCUUGACAAUCCUGAGCUGCGUAAUAAACCGAUGGCAGUUGGUAGUAAUUCUAUGCUUUCCACAUCCAACUACCAUGCUCGAAAAUUUGGUGUACGUGCUGCCAUGCCAGGCUUCAUUGGCAGGAAACUGUGUCCAGAUCUCGUUAUUGUGCCUUGUAACUUCGAGAAAUACACCUCCAUGAGUAACCUUGUAAAAGCCAUCAUCACAGACUAUGAUCCAAAUUUCUGUCCAAUGUCACUAGAUGAGGCAUAUCUGGACAUUACUGAACAUCUGGAGAAAAGAAAGGCCAUGCCAGAGAUUGAAAGAACUUUAAUUUUCAGAAAUUCGGCUUAUGUGGACUCCAAGACUCAUUGCCACUGUGAUUUAAACGAAAUUCAGAGAAAGUACGAAAAUGAAUGUUUUUCACUGUUGAAAACACGUCAGCUUUUGACAGAUGAAAAGACAAACCUGGAAUGUGAUAAGGAAAAGUUAAAUGAUGAUAAUGUUGGAAGUUGUGAGUCUGAAACCAAUCUAACAGUAACAAGAUGUCAUGAGCAAGAUAUGGAAGGGGAGAUUACAAAAAAUUGUCCUGAGUGUAAGAAGCAGUUUCCUCCCUUUGACUUCAAGACGUUUGGUAUGUCUGAUGAGGAAGCGGUUAACGAAAUGAGGCUCAGAAUUGAACAGAAAACUAGACUGACUGCCAGUGCAGGGAUAGCACCAAACAUGAUGUUGGCCAAAGUGUGCUCUGAUAAGAACAAGCCCAAUGGCCAGUACAAGAUACCGGCUACCAGAGAUGCUGUGCUUGCAUUCGUAAAAGAUCUGCCCACAAGAAAGAUCAGUGGGAUUGGUAAAGUGAGUGAAGCCAUGUUGAAUGCUGUAGGGGUGUUCACAUGUACUGACCUGUAUACCCAUAGAGGCCUCCUGUAUCACCUGUACUCUCCCAUAUCAUUCAACUACUUCAUGAGAAUCUGCCUUGGUAUUGGCUCCACCACAGUUGAAAGAGAUAGCGAAAGAAAGAGUAUCAGCACAGAAAGAACCUUCUCUGAGAUUAACAAACCUACAGAGUUGUACAAAAAGUGUGAAGAGCUCUGUCAGUGUUUAUCAGAAGACUUGAAAGCUGAACAGCUCAAAGGAAGAACAGUUUCUAUCAAGAUCAAGACGGUGAAGUUUGAAGUUCGUACCAGAGCACACACUCUGCGAGACUACACCAAUGAAGUUGCAGACAUUAUGAAAUCUGCCCAUGACUUGUUGAGAACAGAGAUUCAGAACUGUGCACCACAACCUCUUAGACUCAGGCUUAUGGGAGUUCGUAUGUCCAGCUUAUUGAAUGAGCAACACUGCAAAGAGCAGAAGAAGAACACCAUUCUUGGGGCAUUCAAGCGGCAGGCAGAGCUAGCAAGUACAAUAUCACUUAGUGAAGAAUUUUCUAAGGAUAUACCAUGCCCACAGGCCGCAGUGAAGGGCAUACAGACAACUUUUGAACCUAUGGCCAACUCUAAUACAAGCGAUAUGUUUUUAAAGUUUGCAAGCUCAAAGAAAGAGGAAGGGUUUUCUCAGUCUUGCAGUGACUAUGAAAUGGUUGCCAAGCAUAGAACUGAUGUUAGUAAACAUGACCAACAUUCCAUGAAGACCACAAGUAAGCAAAAUACAACAAAUUUAAAUCGAGUAGUGGAUGAUGUUGAGCUAGAUAGCUCUGAUUAUAAGGUGGUAAACGAUCAAUCAAAGACUCUGCAAAAUGAUGAGCAGAUGCACAUUGUUGACAUGACAAAAGUGGAGAGGUCAACUAGAAGAGGAGUGUUUCAUACUCCGAGGUCUUCAAGAAAAAGGAGGAAAACUGAGCCUGAGAGUGAGAGAUAUGAAUGCCCAGUUUGUGCAAAGACUGUGAUAUGCAAAGGACUGAACCAGUUUAAUGAACAUGUUGAUGCAUGUUUGAAAGGAGAUGGUAAUGCCAUCAAUCUGGACAAGGGGUGUUGUUCAAAUUCAGAUGAUAUGAAUAUUAAAGAUGAUAUAAAUGCUUCAUGUGAAAACUAUCAAAAGAAGGUAAGAAUCCUACAAGCGGAUGAUAAACAGAUGACAACUCUUAAAUGUGCAUUGAUUGAAAAUGCAUUAGCUGUGAUAGAUGAAUCUGACACGGAUUGUGCAGAGAAUGCUUUGCCUGCAGUUUCUUGUUUGAACCGAGUGAUUGAAGAAACUCACCAGCAUGCAAUAGAAAAACAUACAAAGGAGGAGGAUAUUUGUUCAAGUGUAAAAACAGAAGUCAGUCAAACUUUCGAUCAGAUUUCCAGAGAGGCAAAUGAACUAAAUGUUUGCAUUAAAAUUAAGAAGCCUAAUAGUACUGGUAUGCUUGUUGACUUGAUGGAAGUAAGAGAAAGUGCCAAUGAGGAAACUGGAAAUGACAGCCUUUUAAAUGGAAUAAUUUUACCGUCUUCUGUUUAUGAAGAUACUAACCCAAUUGAAGAUGAAGAUUUUAUAGAAACUAGAACAUACCAAAAUCGCCAUAUGUCAAAACACAUUGGAAAAGAUUUUGAUAAUAUUGGACAUGCUUCUAUGCUGCAUUCACGUGAUAUUGUAAACAAAGAAUAUGAUAUUGACAAAUAUAAUAAUUGUGCUGAUGGAAAUAACUUAAGUGGAAAUAUUGCAAAUAAAACUCAAUGUAAAGAUCAAGGCUUCUGCGGAAAUAACAGAGUCUUUAAAACCUGCACAAUGUCAACCAAAUUGAAUUUGGAAAAUAAGGAAGACCCAUAUUAUGAUGAAUCAAGACCAAGUACCAGUGAACAAGACUAUAACAAAAGUGAGACCAUGACACUUGUUGAAGGUUUUAAUAAUGAUAGCAAGAAUGCUGACAAAGUGAUGAAAGCAGACGACAUGUUGACGAAUGCUCAUUUUACAACUAUUGUUGAAUCUUGUGCUUUUUUGGAUAACCAUUUACAACCUUCAACUAGUGGCAUGAAAUAUACAGACAAAGUGACAAAAGGAGACAGGAUACAUGUUCAUGAAACAGAAAAUAGGAAUCAACUCGUAGGCACUGUCAGUUCUGAAGAUGGUGAAAGGGACAGCUCAGAGAUUGAUGGCAUGCACAGAGGCGGGCUGCUGAAUAUUGACAAGACAUCAUGCGAAACUUAUGAUGAGGAUAUAACAUCAUCUCAGAGGUCAUUGCUAGUGUGCCCAGUUUGUUGCAUGGAGCAGAGGUCAGCCAGCCUUGAUGACUUCAACGGCCACGUGGACCAGUGCCUCAGUAGAGGUGCCAUAUCUGAUAUACUGAAAGAGCAAAGGGCGGAGGAGAAGAGCAAACAUAAAAGAUGCCUGCCACAUUCUAACACCCCCGGAAGAAAUCCACCAUCAAAAAAGCGGAAGACAGUGAUGCCAUCAAACAAAUUGCCAUGUCGGAGCAUAAAAUCGUUCCUGCAAAAAUGAAAGAACUGAUAUACCCGUGUUAUUAUUUUUGAACUAAUGGGUGCACACAGUCUACCGGGAAUCUGUCUUCCUUCAUUAUAGUAAUGGUGCUUAAAAUGCUGAUAAUGAAUGUAGCCUUCUCAUUUAAUUUCACUUGUUCUAGAAUUUCAUGAUGAAUAUUAAUAAUAACCAAAGCAAGAUAGGAACAUGUUUGACAAGUGCACAAAAGGAACAUUGUUGAAACAUGUUAUCUGUCUUGAAUCCAUUAAACAGUCCAUUAUUUUUAUGUUAAACCAUGCAUUAUUAAAAAGUUAUAUUAUGUUUAUUUCACACUUGUAAACGCGGUUUACAAAAAUACGCAUUUGUAACGAGAGAAGUUUUUAUAACAUUUUACAGAUAUGAAUUACACGAAUUGAAACGGUUUUA